AUGGUCUUCUCUACCUUGCGGCGAGUGGUCUGGGGAAAGGCAGCAGACACCAAGAUAGAGCGCAAACUGCUGGUCAAACUUGAUGCAGUUAUCCUGCCCUUCUGCUGCUUGAUGUACUGGGUAAACUACCUCGAUCGAAUGAAUUUGAACAAUGCCUACGUUUCGGGAAUGAAGGAGGAUUUGAAUUUCCAGGGCAACCAACUCAACGUCAUUAACACCAUCUUCUACGCCGGCUAUGUUAUCGGGCAGAUUCCGAAUAACCUCGCGUUGCAGAGGCUUCCUCCACGAUUCUACUUCCCCAGCUGCAUGAUUGCUUGGGGGUUGCUUACCCUCGGCACCGGUUUCGCCCAUCAUCCGUGGGAAAUCAUGGUCCUCCGAUUCUUCCAGGCCAUAUUCGAGUCAUCCACAUUCGUUGGGUGCCAUUAUAUUCUAGGCAGUUGGUACAAGGAGGAAGAACUUGGAAAGAGGACAGCCAUCUUCACGAGCAGUGGCCUUGCCGGCACAAUGUUUUCUGGCUUCUUGCAAGGAGGCAUCCACCAAAGCUUAGAUGGUGCUCAGGGCCUUCCCGGCUGGCGCUGGUUAUUCGUCAUCGAUUUCUGCAUCACUAUUCCUGUAGCGAUCUUUGGAUUCUUCGCAUUCCCCGACACCCCAGAGUCGACCAAAGCUCGAUGGUUGACCGACGAGGAAAAGAAAGUUGCCAUCGAGCGCUUGCCUACUAUUGAGAAACAUCGAGGUGUGCUUGGUUGGAGCCUAAUCUCUCGAGUCCUCGCUACCUGGCACUGGUGGGUUAAUUAUAUCCCCACCGGCGUAGCAGCAGUAGGAAUCGUGGCCACGCUUUUCCUCGGUUGGUACUCCGACUUUACCAAACGUUCAUGGCACGUCGGUAUCAUGUUGGCCUUGACAGCCAUUAUAUCAGGAGCAAUCAUGCUAAACCCCCCUUCUCGAGGCGCAAAGUUUUUCACCUUGUUCCUAAAUCGUUGCCAGUAUGCUAGCCAGACGGUGUUUUUUGCGUGGGCUAAUGGGGUUACGCGGAAGGAUGACGCCAAGCGUGCAAUCAAUCUCGGAGGUAUGAACACAUUUGCUAUCGCUGUCUACAUGUUUUGGUCAAUCGUCUUCUAUAGCACGACGCAGGGGCCGGACUGGAGCGAAGGUAGCAUUGCCAUGAUAUGCAUAGGAUCAGCCUUGUUCUUAACGACCUUGUUUGUUUUCGGGCUGGAGAGGCGAGAUGGACAGAUGAUAGCUGUCUAUGACGGCGUUGCUGCUGAAUCGUAUACUAGCGGCGAAGAAGACAAGGGUCAUAAUGAGGACACCAUUACCGUAACCAAAGCCUUGAAGGGAAGGAAGAUAUUUAAGGGUAUGCCAGGCCUUCAAUCAUACCGAGCCAUACCAUGUAAUCUCCCAGGUUGA